AUGGAAUUAUUUGAUUUAUUUAAAAAUCCAUUAAAUAUAAAACAUAGAUUUUUGCAAACUACGCCUCAAAUGAAUCAAAUUGGAUAUAACAAACUUGCUAUGUGUUAUAAAAAUGGAAAAAUACGUAUGAAUAAAUUGUAUAAACAAGAAGUUACUUAUGAAGAACCAAGAAAUACAUCAGGAAGAACAUGUAGAAAUAUAUCUAUUGAAGAAAAUAGAGAAAUAUUACAUAAAAGAACAUGUAGCAGAGCUACAAAUGAAGAAGUUAAUAAAUUACAACCACUUAUUGAACAAAAUGAAAAACCAACAUCUGAGCAAUUAGAAAUGAAUGCACAAAAUACAAAAUGUAAUUGA